AUGUAUGAUCUCCCAUAUGCAGCCAAGUGUUCGAUCAUCAACAUCUACUGCUACACAAAGAUCCUGUACUACAGCCGAUUCCUCCCCGCCCCCAAGAGCGUUGUCAAGGAGAUCGAGCAGGCCGUCAUGCUCGCCAUUCACGGUCGAGCUUCGGAUGGUACUCAGCGACGUCCGAAGGUCUCCCGGUCGCGCCUCUGCACCCCUCUCGAUCACGGCGGCUUCGGCUUGAUUAAUCUGCCUCGGCGUCUAGCGAUCGAUCACGCGAAGUGGGUCUUCCAGUUCCGGGCCCCGGACGGCUGCUUCACACGCCACCUCUUCGACAUCCGCAUUCGCCUCCAGGCACCGAACGAACCAACCCCUUUCACCUUGUCCAGACCGGCGCCCAACCAGCAUCGUCCGCCCUUGGAUCUGGAUCUGGUGGGCAUACUUUUGCCAUCCUCCCCCGAAGUGGGACCAUGCGGUGAGAAAGACGAGCAAACUUCUUCCUGCACGUUGGGUCCGAUACUUCGAAGCCUGGGCGUCGGUGACCACGCUCAAUCCCCCGGAACUCUCCAAGAGCCAGAACCUCGAGCAAUGGGCGACGCACAUACUCUACUUCCCAGCGGGCCACGGAAUACAACUCUCGGUAAACCCGACGCUUUUUCGAGGGCCCGAUGGCGAGGUGAUGACCCCGUCUUCGUUUGUGAACGCGUCCAAACGCCACCAAGUCUUCAUCUUCCCUCCUAUCUUCCCCAAGGGACACCAGAAGGUAUUCGAUCUGCCUGAGCAACGUUGGAACGCUUGGUGGAAGGCUUUGCGCAGGUUCGCCGGGUUCACUCGGACGCCGAGGAUACCACCUUCUCUCCAUGGGGUCCCUCCAUCCGGGCAGCCAAGUCGCCUCCCCAACUAGCCCUCACCCCAACAAUCGAUCGGCCUCCUGUGUGAUGUGCCUCUCGGAAGCACCCGAGUGCCUGGCCCACCUCGCGGUCGGCUGCCCAUUUGCCCGGCGUCUCUGGUCUGCUCUGUCCCCGACCCCCCACCCAGUCUUUGUGGACUUUGUAUGUCCGGUCGUGUCUCGCUCGGAACGUCGACUUGUCGAACUACGAGUCCUCUUCUUUCACUCGAUCUGGAAGCUCUGUCGCCGUCGCCGAUUCUCGUCGGAUCUCCUGGAACCGAUCACCGAAACGGACUUCGAGGGGCUUUGA